UCGAGUGCCCAAUCGCAUUUCAAUUUCCCAGUAUAAUGUGUUAGAAGUGUAAAACGGUAAUGGACUUGUUGGUAUAUUUUUAUUUCUUAAUGGUGUUUCAUAAAAUAUCAGAAUCAAUGCAAAACACUUCUGACAAAAAUUUAUAUGCAUUGUUAGAAAAACUGAUUAAGCAAACUGAGAAUGGUGAAGAGAUAAAUACUGAUGGAAUAGUAAAAGCCAGUGGAUCCGUUCCAUCAAAGAACAAUUCAAAAAUUAUUUAUUUGAAAACUGUAACAGAACCACAAGUUAUUUAUAAAAAAGAAUCAAAUAAUAAUGUUCAACCUAAUGAAAAUCUUAAAACAACCCAGUUUCAAUAUGACGAUAAAGAAAUAAAUGAAUCAGACUUAGAAAAUGACAAUGAACAUUUAAACAAGAAUGAAGAGGAACAUAGACGAGCUGAACCUAUGCAGAGUAAAACAAGUAUAAACGGAGAUAUUUUAAGCGCUUCCCCUGCACCUGUAGAGAAUUCUAGGAAUGAAGGACAAAUGUAUCCCGAUAUAGUUAUAGACCAACUAGUGUAUGAAGAAAGUGAAACAAAAGUAGAUAAUUUGAAGAAAUCUAUAGAAGAUUUAGAAAGAAAAAUAGAUAAACAAGACAAAGCGGACAAAAGAAACUUCAUUGCCAUAUUGUCGGAACUAGGAAAAUUAAACAAAGAAAUUCAGAAAUUAAAAAGAACCCACGAUCAAUUAAAUGAAAAUGAUAACGAACCCGUGAGUAGAAAUGUGGUGACCAAUUCAGAAUUAACAGAUGAAAUGGUUAAACUUCGACCAGUUUAUGGAAAUUUCAUAAAUCCAAGUGCAAUUGCCAUUUCUUUACCACAGUAUAAACAAGGUGUCGUAAAUUAUAUUUCGCCAAAUUUAGUUACUAGAUUAAAACCAGUUGUAGUGCAACCUACUGUGCAUGUUUUGCAACCCGUUGUCCCAAGACAAAAAGUAAUUUUACCUCAACUGCAAGUAUCAAUGGGACUCAAUAAUAUAAAGCAAAGAUUAGUGAACAUCUUGCCCACGUUGUACAAACGUGUUCAUUAGAUCUAAAUAAAUAAUAAACAUACUGAAUUGUUUUCACUUUCCGUUUUAAAGUGCUAAUUGGGUCGUACUUUUGUCGCGGUUACGUAGUUAAGCAUCAGUCACCAGCAGCUAGUUAGCAAGUUGUGAUCCUGCAACACAAAGAAGCUAUUCACAAUCCAGUCUAACUAGUGAACAUUGAGUCAACACGAUCAAACCACCGUCCAAACUGCGCUUAAAGAUCUAGUUAGCUGGUGGUGGGCUCUUUCGCACCAGUGUUUGCAUUGCGUAAAUUUAUUUGGUCAAGAGCACAAUUUUGUCAGAUUUCAGCGUGCAGGAAUACAUAUCUUAUAACGAGAA